AUCAAUACAACAUUUUAUUGAUAUUGUUUGUUGUAACUUUGUAGGCUAAGAUUAACGAUGUUAAAAAGAAAAUCCAAAAAAAAGGUACAGCUACAUGUCAUAUAGGUUUUUUUUUUUUUCGAAAUGUCAUGGAUGUCCUGGACAAGCUCAACAAGCAUGACCUUUAUAUUGUUGUGGACUAUUACAGAAUUCAUCAUUACCAGUACGUCGUGGAUGCGGCCGAGAGUAGAGACUAUAAACUUUUGUUUAUGCCUCCAUACUGUCGGAGUAACCGAGUGUCACGAAAAAUCGUGUUUAAAUUUUCUCCAUCUAGCUUGAUAAAGCGCCAUUUAUAGCUUGAAUUAGGAAAAAGAGAAAAUAAACGAGGUUGAGGUCUUCUUUGCCGUUGCUGUUCAGGCUGCUGUCGUUGUGCUUGCACAUUUUUCUGCUCGUAAAGAUCAAGUAUAAAUGCCAUUACAUUUAAAACUGUA